UCUUGAAAUUACCGUUAUAAAAAUUGAGUUCACAAGUUAUUAAACAUCACACUGCGCUUCCGCGACCCACGUAUGGAAAUCGCUUCUCGAAUUUCGUGAUAUAACGCUUACGGCUCAGCAACACCAAAUUCCGGCAUUUAACGGAACAUGGAGCAGCCGCGAGACAGCUCUGCUCAGCUUACCUGUCAGCUGAACUCCCAAGAGACAUAUGGGAGCCGUGAGCGACAAUCGCAGGGACAUACGCGGCUGCCGAUCCGUGGACACCGGCAGUAUCACCGAGGCGCCAGGCGUGUCGAAGUCCACUCCACGGCAGUGUCAAAUAUCGCUCCUCUGGACGCCCACCACGCCAUCCGGCCCGACGGCGUGACGUUCAGCAGCCCGCUUUUCUUCUCCGAAAGGCCACCCACCUCGCGCCAUGGACCACUCCGGCCACAACAUGGACCACUCCGGCCACAGCAUGGAUCACUCCGGCCACAACAUGGACCACUCCGGCCACAACAUGAGCGCUAUGGACGCGGCCAGUGCGGUGGUGAACGCCUCGCUGGCGGCGGCCACCACGGCCGCCAGUGAGCUCGCCACCGCCGUUCACCAGCACGUCACGGGACAAGACAUGGCCGCGGCCGGCUCGGGAACGGGCCACGGUGCGGGCAUGGCCGGACACGACCACGCCCAGCACGUGUCCGCCGGCGCGGCCACCGGCGGACACGCCGUCGGACACACCGGCGGACAUGGCGGACAUGGCGGACAUGGCGGCAUGUCGAUGACGUUCCACUUCGGUGUGAGCGAGUACGUGCUGUUUGACGCUUGGCACGUGACCACGGUGGGCGGCAUGGUGGCGUCCUGUCUGGGCCUGUUCAUCGUGGCGCUGCUGUACGAGGGACUCAAGUACAAACGCGAGGACCUGCUGCGCAAGAACGCCACCCGGGAGCAGUUCGACACGAUCCGCGUGCCCAGUGACGGUGGCGUGACCGAGGUCACCACCGUCUCCAACUCGGAGUACGGCGCCGCCUCGCACGACGCCGGCGAGCGCGGCUCGGAGGGCAGCGACGCGACCGAGAGUCGUCCGAUCACGGCCUCCGGCCGGCGCAGUGAGGCCGCCUGCGCAAGGCCUUACAUGUUCCUGCCGCUUCGACAGCGUAUGCUGAGUAAGCACCACUUUCUCCAGACAUUCCUGCACGCCGUCCAGGUGGUGGUCGGCUACUUCCUGAUGCUGGCCUUCAUGACGUACAACGUGUGGCUGGGCAUAGCCAUCGUGCUGGGUGCCGCCGCCGGCUACUUCAUCUUCGGCUCCAAGAAGUUUGUCGUGGUCGACGUCACAGAACAUUGUCACUGACGUCACGGGGCGCUGUCGCCGACGUCACGAGGUGUAGUCGCUGACGUCACGAUGCGUCGUCGCUGACGUCAUGAGGUGCUGUCACCGACGUCACGGGUGCCGCCGCUGACGUCACGGAAGGCCGUCACCAGCGGCGGUCCGGUGACGCGUCACGACCGGCCCCGACCUGUGCAGCCUCGCCUCCCCAAGCGACCGAGCUGCGCAGCGCCGACGGCGUCGCGUGGGUAGCUGGCGAGGCUGGGGAGCCGCCGCCUCCGGCACCUGCCCGGUGGGGAGGGCCGGACUGGCGUCACGCGCCGCCGGCCGGUCGCUGCGAUCGUCAGGGAGCGAGUCAGCACGCGCUGGGACCUCAUUGGACGGAUGCGGCGCUCGUGUAGCGUGUUGUGGUACGUCUGCCACGCUGCCGGGUCGUCCAGCGGCGCUGAAUGAGCUGGAGCGUGUCACAACAGGCGGCGAACGGCGUGCGUCGCCGCCCGGGAGCCGGCUCCGUUCUGAAUCUGUAGACGGCUGUCCCGCUCGCCGGACGCCGGUAUAUGUGUCGCGAGUGUCUUUCAGCGGCUGGGGGCGCGUGUGGUACCGAGGGUCGUCGCGGCCCGCCAUGUGUCUACCCCGCCAUAUCUGGUGUACGAGUUAUUGUGUAUGUACAGCUUGGGCCGCCGCACCGUGGCACCGUUGGAGUGACCGGUCGGUUCCGUAUGCAGUAGUGCAUGUUGCCUGUUGUGUGCGGAGGUGGGACCAAUCACUAGCCAGUCCCGUGACGUGGCCCAAUACAGGCGAACACACCACGCAGCUCUGCCCCGCAUCGCCGCGCGGGCUCUGGCCGGUGCGGCACGUAUAUUAAAAUAAUCUCAUUCUUCA